AUGUACCGGAGGAAUGUGUGUGUUGUUAUUUUUAAUGAGGAGGUCCGUUUUCUCGGAUGUCAGCGCAUCCACGAAGAGCGGUAUCAGUUUGUGCAGGGUGGAAUAGAGGACUGGGAGGACGACACCCUUCAGGCGGCGUACCGUGAGGUGGAGGAGGAGAUUGGACUUCUACAGGAGGACCUCCACUUCGUUGGUGAGAUACUCCCCCCGAGUGGGGACCCACGCGAGUUCCGCUAUACACUUCAUCAAUCAUCUAACUUGCGACGCUUUGGCUACGUGGGCCAGGAGCAGCGUCUCAUGCUCUUCUUCACGACAUCGAAUUCCAUUAAAAAGGUGCGCCUGAUUCCACCAAAGGAGACUCGCGCUCUGCAGGAGUUCUCCUGUGUUAAAUGGAUGACGAUCGAAAACAUAAUUGAGCGUUGCCCAAGAGAGAAACGCCACAUAUUCGUUGCAGUGGCGAAAUUGGCUCCCCCCUUGGCGAAGGCCUUUCUACAGAAACGAUCAGCCCUCUGA